AUGUUGUCUCAAACUUCCAUACCGGAAGUGAAAGAAGACGUGAUAGGCUACGCGCUACAUCAGAGGAGAGCUAGGGUGGGACAAUUCCAGGACUUGGGUCCACCUGAUUUAAUUACUUUGAUUAAAUCGUUACCUUCAUCCUCGAGCGCCACAACUGCUACUUCCUCUGCGAACGAUAAUGGGGCAGCUUCAAACAUCAAUGGUCAAGACCCUACAACUAUAGUUACAGAGUUGCAUUCUCAUGACAAACUAAAGGGGCAGAUCGGCACUUUCUUUUACUGUAUGGGUAUUGAUACUUCGGAUCCAACUUCCAUUACAAUUUUCGCCAAAAAGAUAACCGAUCUUUUCUUAGACACGCCCCAAAUUUGGUUUGGUAAGAAGAAGCACUUUCACGUUUCGAAGAUUUCUAUCAGUUCUUGGAAUGCGUUUAGAAAAUAUGAUGUUAAUAUUAUAGUUCACAUUCCGGGAACCGUACAAACCUAUAUCAUAAAUAGCGACGGUGAACAAUCGCAGCUCCCCUCCGUGACAGAAACAUCAUCUGGCCGCAACCCACAAGAUUUGAACGUUAACAUGAUUUGGGCGGAAACUUUCAUGAGUGGUGUCGUACGUGACAUUAUGCUUAUGAAAGAUAAUUGUGAAGAUGGGGAAUCCCAGAAUUUGGUCGAAACACUAAUUUUCAAUCCAUUAACUUCUGGUGAGCUGGAAGAUGUUGCUACGAACUUUAUCAAAUUGUUUCCCUUAGUUUAUGAGAAAGGUAUUUAUUUGGAUGCACCCACUCAUAUUUUAAAUCCUUCGUUAACCAAUAAUUAUUUAGUGGAAACUUUAGUGGAAAUAGUUAGGUUAACGAAGAGUUUGGAUGCAUGCCGUAAAAUGCUUGCGAAGCUAAUUGAAAUCCAUCCUGAAGCAGUAAUAAUCUUAAUUCGUGUUUACUUCGCGUGCGAUUUAGAGGUGGAUGCGGUUGACCUGAUCAAUGAGCAAUUAAAUUCUCCCUCUUCGUUCUUAGCCGAUGAUUCAAAGACUAGCCAUAUCCAGUUGAUCUUCAAAUCUGAACUAUUAAGUAUUCAAAGUGAAUUUUUACUGGAUGUCAAGAGAGAUUACAAACUUGCUAAAGAAGUGGCCAUGGAGGCCGUGAAUUGUGCACCAAACGAAUUCAAAACUUGGUAUUUAUUGACUAAAAUAUACAUCAAAUUAAACGAUAUGUCGAAUGCCUUGUUAUCAUUGAAUGCCUGCCCCAUGUCACAAGUGAAAGAAAAAUAUGUUCUUAGAAGAAUUGCACCUAUUACUUCAGAUGAAAAUCUUCAUUUGCCAUUACCAUUGGAUGCCUCAAUUGAGGAGAUUUCGUCAUUAAAUCCCAUGGAUGUCCAGUUAGAGCAAAAAUCCGCAGAUCCAAACCUAGUCAAUCUUUCCGCAUCAAGUUUAAAGUCUACUUUUCAACAAGCCUAUAAAUUAUUGACAGAAAUUGUCCAAAUAACGGGAUGGGAACAACUUUUGAAGUAUAGAUCAAAGAUUUUCGUUAUGGAAGACGAGUAUCAAGGUUCCACUUCGUCCAUUGAUGAAGCGGAUGCGCACGGUAAUGAGAUAUCCAGAAUGAGGUCCAAGAGGCUGUGUGAAAGAUGGUUGGAUAACCUCUUCAUGCUACUAUAUGAAGAUUUGAAAACUUACACUGAUUGGCAAUCAGAGCAAUUGUAUUUUGAUGCCCAAAACAGCAAAUACCACAAAUUAACUGUUGAAUGGGAAUUAUUCGGUCUUUGCGCGAAAAGAUUGGGACAUCUUCCAGAAGCUGCGAAGGCUUUCCAAAUUGGUCUUUCCCAAAGAUUUUCUCCAGUAUGUGCAAAGAAUCUACUGCAAUUUUACAUUAACGAACAUAAACGUAUUAGAAGGGAUUCGAUUUCAGCGAACUCUGAGUUAACUUCCUCUCAGAUAUUGGCAAGUAUCAAUGACAUUGACAGCUCAAUCAUCGAUCUAGUAGUCAAGAUUUGUUGCUGGAAUCAUCGUUGGUACAUUGAGUUUUCAAUAAUAUUAAUAGAUGCUUUGAGUGUUGCAGUUCAAGAUAUGGGCAUUACUAAAGUGCAUAAUGAAAUUGCCUCUAGAUUUUCCGACCCGGUAGCCCAAUUGAUUGACGAUAACAUUCUAGAUUUUUUGAAGAAUUUCACAAAUGACACUUUCGAUAAUUAA